CUUCGAACAGCCCCUUCAGAUCCUGUCAGCGGUGUGUCGCCUGGCUGUGCUGCUUCUUCCUCCGGCCUGAGAACUGGAAACAUGCUGUCCUUCGCUCUGAGACAACUCACACGGCCACUGUGCCAGCGAGCCCCAGUUCGCCUCAGUGUCCGUGGCCAGCAGUCCCACGCAGUCACCCACGCAGUGGAUGAAGAUCGUCCGUGGACGGGCCAGGAGAGCCUGGCUCAAGAUGACCCCGAGAUGUGGGAUCUACUGCAAAAGGAGAAGGACAGGCAGUGCCGUGGCUUGGAGCUCAUAGCAUCUGAGAAUUUCUGCAGCCGAGCAGCUCUGGAAGCUCAGGGCUCCUGUCUGAACAACAAAUACUCUGAAGGCUACCCAGGGAGAAGAUACUACGGUGGAGCAGAAGUGGUCGACCAAAUUGAGCUGCUGUGUCAGAAACGAGCACUGGAGGCCUUUGACCUGGACCCAGCUCUGUGGGGUGUCAACGUUCAGCCAUACUCUGGCUCCCCCGCUAACUUUGCUGUCUACACCGCCGUGCUGAACCCCCAUGACCGCAUCAUGGGCCUGGACCUGCCCGACGGAGGACAUCUAACCCAUGGCUACAUGUCUGAUGUUAAGAGGAUCUCAGCAACCUCAAUCUAUUUUGAGUCCAUGCCCUACAAGCUAAAUACUGCAACAGGACUCAUAGACUACGACCAGAUGGAGAUGACGGCCAAGCUGUUCCGGCCAAAGCUCAUCAUCGCUGGCACCAGUGCCUAUGCCCGCCUCAUUGACUACGCCCGCAUCAAGAAGCUCUGCACUGACAUUAAGGCCUACAUGCUAGCUGACAUGGCCCACAUCAGUGGCCUGGUGGCAGCCAAAUCCAUCCCCUCUCCCUUUGAAUAUGCUGACCUGGUCACCUCUACCACACACAAAUCCCUCCGAGGAGCCAGGGCUGGCCUCAUCUUCUACCGAAAGGGUGUUCGCUCCGUGGACAAGAAGGGGAAGGAGAUCAUGUACGACCUCGAGGACAGAGUCAACUUCUCUGUCUUCCCCUCCCUGCAGGGCGGACCUCAUAACCAUGCCAUCGCUGGUGUGGCUGUGGCACUCAGACAGGCACAGUCUCCCAUGUUUAAGGAGUACGUCACCCAGGUACUAAAGAACUCCAAGGCUAUGGCAACAGCUCUCCUCAACAAAGGCUACACCCUGGUGUCAGGUGGGACCGACAACCACCUGGUCCUGGUGGACCUGCGGCCUAAGGGCAUUGACGGGGCUCGGGCAGAGAGGGUGCUGGAACUCGUGUCAAUAACUGCCAAUAAGAACACCUGCCCCGGGGACAAGAGUGCCCUGACUCCUGGUGGCCUCAGGCUGGGUGCUCCAGCCCUGACCUCCAGACAGUUCAAAGAAGCUGACUUUGUGCAAGUUGUCGAGUUCAUGGAUGAGGGCUUCAAGAUUGCCUUGGAUGUCAAGAAAAAGACAGGAAAGCUCCAGGACUUCAAGAACUUCCUUCUUCAGGACCCAGAGACUGUGGCUCGCAUGGCUGAUCUGCGCCACCGCGUCGAAACUUUUGCCAGGCCCUUCCCCAUGCCAGGCUUCCACGACCAUUAGACAAGCCAAUAUAGAGUCAGGGGACGUAACAGCCAGGUUGCAGGAAGGAAGCUGACUGGACAAAAGUGUGCAAGGAGAGGGGUAAAAUGUCGUGGUAGUGAAAUGUGGUUGGUGCCUGUGAACCAGGAUGGCUCUUGAGUUCCCUUUUUUCCCCAAUCAGAUCUGGGAAACCACAUUUUUAUACUUCUUUGCAGUCAUCCAUCAAACAAUACUUGUAAAAGCAUGGCCUCCACAUUGAGGUAAAGAAACAAUAAACUUGGACCGAUUUUGUAGAGCUGAAGAACCUAUUUUUUAUUGCAUGUGAAAAGAUCUUUGUCAGUCAUCUUCAGAUAAUUUCUGUGUGUGGGAGGACAAAACAUGUCAAACGAUCAACAGCUCACAGUGUCACAGACUUGAUUAGUGUAUAAUUAGUUAUAUUAAUCAGACACACUGAAGAGUCUUAAUGCUGUAAAGGGUUUCAACUAAUGUCACACAUGUAUAUUAUAUCUUUACAUGGAGAUGCGUGCAUGAUAGCUCUCUACUGUCGUUUUUUCUGUUAAUGAAACCAGGUACACAAGGAGGCGAAAGGACGUGCUGCCAUACAAUGUUGUGCUGGCCUUUUUAUUUUUUGUGGGGUAAAUUCUGUUCUGAAAUCACAAAUGAACCCAAAAUGUUGUCAGAGUCUUACAUUUGAAAGUUUGCCCUUUAACUUUGUGUUGUGCAGCUUGCCUCUGUAGUACAAGGGUCCAAUCAAAUUACAGAGGCGGACUAAGUACUUUAAACAUCUUUUCAUUUACUAUAGUCCAAUAUAGCAACACUACAAACUGUGUUCACAAAUACUGUCUCACACACAAUGUAGACGAACGUCAAAGAUUCAAAAAGUAGAACUUAAUGGGAUUUGUUAUUAGACUGAAUUAGUGAAAAAUCUGUUUUUGAAAGUUCUUUUCUUUUUAGGCUGUUGGGAUUGCUUUGUCUUUCUUUCUUCCAGCAUCAAUAUCUGAUUUUAAUUGCUUUAUAUUUUGUUAUGACUAACAGAAAUGUCAUACUGGAUUAUUUCAUACUUUCCUUUUAAGUGCGUUUACAAAGAGUAUAUACUUUUCUAUUGUACUUUAAAAUUAGUUAACUAUGUAACUGCCAUCUAUUCACAUAAAAUCAAUAAGCUUUCCAACACCAGCUGAUUUGUUGUACUAGAGGAAGGAUAUAUUUAUAGUGCAGUCUGUUCAAGUGUCAUUUUAUCCACCUGGUGUUCAGUGAUGGAAACUGUGAAGCAUCUUAGGUUUGGUCAAACGUUUUCAGAGAAUUGUGUUGUCUGUCUGGUUCACAGAUUGGAACUGUUGUCAUUAUCACUGCAUCAGUGAGGAAGCAAGAUUUCUCUUUGUGAAAUGGUCUUAUUGAACUAUCGAGGACGGAGUGUUGAAAAUGGUGUGGUUACUUUCUUUGCACAGCUUCUAAAAUGAACCACAUCAUAUUAAGUAUUCACAUCAGAAUUUAUUGACAGCCAAUAGACUAGACUUUGCCAAAAUAUGCCGACAAGUAUUUAACUACAGUGUCUGUUUGUCAUCUCUGGAGUGUUGCCAGCCGGGGUGUAUCAACAUAAGUCUGAACCAACUUUUCUCUUACAGAACAUUUUUAUUAACAUUUAAUGAGUCCUAAUAAAAUAAGAUAAUGCA